GGAGAGCUCUCUGUGCGUUUUGUUCUCCGCUGUCCAGCGCUUUGUCCCCGCGCUUUGCAUCGAAUCCCUGCUCUUCUCCUCGACGAUCCGCCACGGCCGCGUCUUGACGCCACUGUCAGCGGCAAUGCAGCUUCUUUCCCCGCGCGAAUGCGAUUCCAGCGAUUUCCAGGUCAGGCGCCGCGGUUUCUAGUCGAUUCUAGCUCCGGAGAAUGGGAUUUCAGUGAUUCUAGCCCCGAUUCUAUCUGUGAGGGAGGUUGUUGCGGGGAUUCCAGCGGUUCCAGCUGCGAGCACGCAGAUCUGGGCGAGCUAGGUCAUGAAGAAGCUUAGCUAGUCUUUCCCCGGCUCGGGAGGGUGGGCAAUGGCAGAGCAGCAGCAGCGCGGCUCCGCCGAGGAGCUUAUCAAGGUCGUCAAUGCCGUGGCAUGGAUUGGGGGCCGGACGAAGCUCUACAAGAGGGAGUGCUCCCAGCUCGUGAGGAGGCUCAGAUUGAUGCUGCCAUUGCUCGAGGAAAUCCGCGAGCUCAAGCACCAUUCCCUCCCCGACGAUGCUGUGAAUGGUCUUCUAACGGCAACUCUCAAGGCAAAGCAGCUGGUUUCCUUGUGUCAAGCGGGACCCAAGCUGUACCUGGUACUCGAGAGGGAGACACUGACUAAGAGGUUUCUCGAGAUCGCGAGACUUUUAGCUGGGUCUCUGGAUCAUUUGUCGCUGGAGAAGCUGGAUGUUUCAGACGAAGUCUGCGAACAGGUCCAGCUUCUUCAUUCCCAGCUCAAGAGGGCAAAGAUCUGUGCCAACACCCUUGAAGCCCGGCUGCACGACGAUCUCCUCAGUGUUAUAUCCGGCACUCCUGAGGAGGUGGACCAGUCGGCAUUGCGCAGGCUGGCGGAAGGUUUGAAUCUCAAAACUUCCGCGGAGGUACGAAAGGAAAGUCAAGCUUUCCAUAAAGUGAAGGGAGAGAACGGGAUUGAUGAGAGAGUAAAGAGAGCUCUUCAGCUGCUCAGCUCUAUCCAAACGCCCGACAACACUGCUGCUCCAGAAGAUCUCUCUAGUCAGAUGGCGCGCACGGAUGCGUCAACCCUCGCUGUAAUACCUGAUGAUUUUCGCUGUCCCAUAUCCUUGGAGCUCAUGAAGGAUCCCGUGAUCGUGGCUACUGGACAGACUUAUGAACGAGCAAGCAUCCAGAAGUGGCUUGACACGGGCCAUAAAACCUGUCCCAAGACACAGCAAGUUCUUCCCCAUCAGGUGCUCACGUCAAACUUCGUGCUAAAGAGCCUCAUCUCCCAGUGGUGCGAGAGCAAUGGCGUGGACGUCCCUCAGAGGAUGGGGACCAGCCGAAAGAGCUGCGCGGCCGAGAACUCUUCUUUCCCGGAGCGAGCAACCAUCGACGGGCUCGUCCAAAAGCUCGCGAGUGGCCAGCCCGACUUACAGAGGGCCGCUGCAGGGGAGAUCCGGCUGCUCGCGAAGAAAAGCGCCGAGAACCGAGACUGCAUAGCCGAGGCCGGAGCGCUCCGUCACCUGGUGAAUCUCCUCGCAACCAAGGACCUCCGGACGCAAGAACACGCAGUCACGGCUCUCCUCAACCUCUCCAUCAACGACAACAACAAAGGCCCCAUCGUCAUGCUCGGGGCCAUCGAUCCCAUCGUGGAGGUGCUCAAGUCGGGCAGCAUGGAGGCCAGGGAGAACGCCGCCGCGACGCUCUUCAGCCUCUCGGUGGUGGACGAGAACAAGAUCACCAUCGGCGCCUCGGGGGCGAUCCCGGCGCUGGUGGAGUUGCUCCGGGAUGGAAGCGCCAGGGGGAAGAAGGACGCGGCCACCGCCCUCUUCAACCUCUCGAUCUACCAGAGCAACAAGGCCCGAGCUGUGCGAUCCGGCGUCGUCCCCCACCUCAUGGACUUGCUCGUCAACCAAAGCAUGGCGAUGGUGGACGAGUCGCUCACCAUCCUCGCGAUACUGGCGACGCACCCGGAGGGGCGGCUGGCGAUCGGGCAGUCCGGGGCGGUGCCGGUGCUGGUGGAGCUGAUCAAGACGGGGUCGCCCAGGAACAGAGAGAACGCGGCGGCGCUGCUCUAUGCCUUGGGUGUCAACGAUUCGAGCCAUCUGGUGGCGGCGCUGGAGCUGGGAGCGGCGGAGGCGCUGGCGGAGCUCGCACAGAAUGGGACUGCGAGAGCCAGGAGGAAGGCCAACGCGCUGCUGGAGCUGUCGAGCAAGCACCAGCACCAACAGCAACACCAUCGCUGUUCAUAGCUCAUCCACGAUUCUUCUUCUACGAGAUCCAGCUCUUUGACACUUUUUGACUAUUGUUUGACCUGGAUUGACUGCCAGGGCUUGCGAGUUGCCACCUUUUGGACGUGUAACGAUUGCCUGCAUGGCUACGAUA